GUCCGUCCCGGGAACGUACCCCGUAUGCGCAUGGGCGGAGAAACUGCCGCUGUGCGCUGUUAUUAUUGUAAGAGUAAUUUCUUUUUUACGAAAAUGGCGUCCAGUCAGGGAGGUGUGGGAGCUGUCACGGCUCUACAAAACCAUCAUUACCCCAGCGGACCUCACUGGAGCCCGGGCAUCAGCCAGUACCAGCAGCCGCACCAGCAGCAGCAGCAGCACCACACGGCCCGGAGCUUAGACCGGGCUUUGGAGGAUGCGGUCUGCUCCGGGAUCCUCAACCUGAGCGGCAGGAAACUGAGGGAGUACCCGGGGAUGAGCUACGACCUGACGGAUACAACACAAGCAGGUGGGUGGGUGCAUGCAUGGACUGAAAGACAUCACAUGUAAGACACAGGCAGCGUGCUUCAAUGGAGAUGUGCUCAGAGAUUUAUGUGUCUUUGAAUGCAGCACGUCCGCAUUGUGGGUGCAUUUCUGUCUAGUCUGGGCGCAUUAAUAUAUAGGUGACAAUAUUUAAAGGGAUAUACCGUCCACUGGGUUGGCUUCUGUGAAUGCACACAGCUUUACACACCCUUGUUGUAAUUACUGUCCACUUAGUCUCAUAUAUCACACCACUUUUCUGCACAGGGGGGCUCGGCUGCUGUUGUGUGGUUGUUUUGGUCGACGCCAGCAGCUUUCAGUCUCUCUCUCCCCCCCAGGAGACACAUGAAUGAGACGGCAGGCGCACCCAAAGCCAGGCGCUGUGCAGCGGUUUGUACACCAAGCCGCAGUAGAUUUGGCACUGGAGCUGCUGGCGUGCUGGAGCAGAAUAUGAAUGAACCGGGAGGCUCGGUUGUAGAUCUUGCUCAUUGAAUAUAAUUUGCGCUGAGCAUCUGAUAGGCUACACCUACAUGCUCUACUUUUUUUAUUUUUUUCAGUUUCGGCACAACCAGACAAAAGAUGCAGCGCACUUGCAGCCUCACCCCCUGCUUGCCUGCCUGCAUGCUUGCCUGGGUGCAUAUGCCCAUACAGCCCAGAAAGCUUUGUGAAGGAGAAAGACACAAGUCUGCUUUUUAUUUCUUAUCUAUGGUAUAAGCCAUGUCAGGUCUUUAGUGUUGAAUUACAAUUAUUAUUGGUUUUACACAUUCAUGAAAUCAGUGAGGCUUGUGCUUCCUCAAAAUACUUCUAUUCAUUUGUCUUUGAUAUGGUGGUUUAAGGAAGCAAUUAUUUCCCAAUCGUAAUAAAUCACUCAUUGCCAUUAAAGAGGACAUCUCAAUUAUGCUGGACCCCACAGUGAUAGUUUCCCCUCUCUCUCCUCAUAUACCAUAUGGUGCUACUCCACCAUUUGCAGCUUGUGGCAAGCAUCUAGUUUGAGCCAUUUCCCCAAGGGGUUUCAAAUUUUCUGCUCAAAGGUUUUGGUCCCAGCCUGUGUGACCAGCUGAAAGAUUUGAGCACAUGGGGACAAAUCAUAUAUGUAGCAGGUUAAGGUAGUUAAGAUAGAAUGGUGGAAUCGUGAAUUGCUUGUGUCUGAAGGGUGUGAAAGCCUGUAUUGCAUUUGUAUAGAUGUGAAGUGCAUAUUUCUAUGCACAGACUGCCUUAGAAGGGAGAGACAGAUUGAACAGGAAGUUAGCAUGCACUAUUUCUGGACUGCUGGGUUGCACAAACUCUGCUCUUUAUUUAUAAUAAACUGUGGUAACAAUCAGCAUGUCUCUUUCUAAAACAAGACCUUCCGAUUUCAUUGUUACUGCUAUAAUGAGUGCAGCUUAUAUAACUCUGGUGGGGAUCAGCAGAGAUAUGACACAUUUUGGUCACACCUUUCAUGUCUGGUUUUCAGUGUAACUCAACUCAUCACCGUGAAAGCUGGUGCCUGUUUGCUUGCUUUUCACAUCUUCAUUUAGACGUUUGAAUAAAAGGUGUGCUGGGAGGAUGUCUCACUCUCAGACGAGCGAGGAGAGAACAACACCUUACAGCACCACCCUUUACAUCAGCCUCACAGUCGUACUUUACAAUGCUGCAGUCAGAGGCAUGUUAAAGUGAAACCAACACUAUACAGAAUCUUAGAUAAACACACGGUCCUUCUGCUUUCAGUGCAAUCAAGACACAACAGAUAAUUAAAACCUGUCUCUUCUCAGCCAAUCAGUUUUUGAGUUUUUGAAUAUUUUUAAUAUCAGUCAGGUGUAGCCUCUUUAGUUUUCAACAUGUCUCUCAAAGGUAAAAAAAAAAUACUUUGGAAUGAAGGACAAGAAAUGAAAGCAGGAAACCAACCCCGAGCCAUUGUUGUCAGAUUGCUCACACAAUUGGGGGGGGGGGGAGCUUAAAUUCUCAGCAAACAGUUGAUCUAGCUAGGUAGUGGUUGAAUGCUAAAAUCACACUGAUAAUAAAACCAUAUAAUAGGUGGACAAAUAUUUCUAACUUUGAACUAAUUAGGCCUCUAGGUGGGCAAUGCGCCGUUGCCUUUGUAGCUAAUAUGCUAUCAAUUUGGGUGUUUUAAGGAUGCAGCAUGUUUGCUUUUCCUUAUUUCUCUCAAAGUAACUUUACAAAGAAACUUUACAGGAAAAAAAGAAGGAAUGAUCAAAACCUUGUGACAGUGAACUAUAUGACAAUUAUUAAGCUCUUUUUCUAUAGAAUAUUUAGAUCGGGAUCUUUAAUGGAGACCCCAGCAUGAGGCCCCAGCAUUAACUGGCAGUGAUUAAAAAUUCACUCCACCCCUUUGCUUUUCAGUAGUUAAAUGGGUUUUUUAUACAGAAAAGCAUUUUAUUGAGUGCCCCCCAUCUGACCAACGAGGAGCAGAAGGCUGCAGUGUGUGCACACAGAGAAAAGAGAGAGGACAGCUCACACUGGGGUGUCUGUUUGCUGUGUGCUCACUGGCAGUUUGUCUCCACUCAGUUUGUUUUCCCAUGAGGGAGUGAAAGAUCUUUGAGCUGCUGCCCUGACCUUGGAGAGGGGCUGAGGAGAAGGGCAUUAACCUGGGCAGAUGUUCAGAUUUACAUCCUAACAUGCCUCAGCCUGCCUUACCCUACCCCAGAGGGCACAAGCAUGCACAUACGUUGCACAGUGCGCCACCAUGCAGUGCGUUAACAGACAUAACACUAAGCUGCUGAGCUGUAUGUGAUAUCAAUCAGAGGAAUGAACAAAUGUAUUUCAAACCCCAAACUCUUUUUGAUUUCUGAGGAAGCUUAAUAACUUAUUUACUGUUUACUCAAAAUGUGGGUCAGGCAAGAGAUUUAGUUUAUUUCAUCUCUUGUUUUGCGACUCUGCACCAAAAACACCAAAAAGACUGUACAGUCUUUUUAACAAAUGAGUCCUCCACCAUCUUGCACAUUCUCAUGUCCUCUGUUAAGGCUCUGGUUUAAUAUUUAGUGUCCAAAUGAAGCUCCAAGUGUAAGGUCAGAGAAACGAUAAGGAAGUGAGAUUUCUGUCGCCAACCAAGGAUACGUGUAAUAGUGAUUCGACAGCCAAGGACAAACCAAAAGCUGCAGGAUCCCUCAUGUGUAAUGUAUCAUGUACAAACUUUUGAAGUGAACUAGCUGGUUGAACAGGUGGCAAAAUUAAUAUUCCAUGUCUUGAGUUGAAACUCAGGGCACAUCUCUUAUUGUAAGACUGUAAUGCUAAGAAGUUCGGUAUGGUGUGAAGGACAACUCAACAAAGACGGACGUAUUGUGCUUUUGCAUUCUUGAAUUUAAUUAUUGACUUGUGGUAAAAUCUGAAGUGUCACUGUUCAUUAAAGAACAAGAACAUUUUGGUCCAGCUAUUUUCCAAUCAAGAGGAAUACAACACACUCUGUACUUUUCUCUGUGCUCCAUCUCACUGGAGGUACAUGAAAAUAUUCAGGCUGUUUUGUCCCGUCUUUUCUGUUGUUAGCGCUCAGCGAACAAAGACAGGUGCUGGUGGGAUGGCUACAGAAAAGGAGUGCCCCCAAGAAAUAGAGUACGUUACACUGAUAAUAUAGAACGCAAACAAUGGGAGACUGGCAAUAUGAGUGUGGCCUGAAAAAAACCCCACAUUCCCAACUGGUAAAUCUUCCCUCAGGGCUCCGUUUCUCGUGUCCUUCUGCAUGUCUAGACAAGACAUAUGUGUACCUUUCAGCAGGAACACAUGCCCCAACUGAAAACUGCAUGCAUAAAAAUAACCAGUAUGAUCAGGAUUAUCAUUAUCCGUGAUAAAAAAAGAAGUUGCAGGCCUAAUUGUUCAAUAAAUGGCUGAUGAGUUUCUCCUUGUCUAAACUGCAAAGAACAGGUGAUGAUGAAUGCUUGCUGGAGACUAUCUCCCACAGUUACUACCUCCAUAUUUAAAAUUGUGACACUUAUUGUCCUGAUUUUAAUGACUUUGAACCUUCCUGCUGUUCCUCUAAAAUUUCCUCUGAUUCCCAGGAAGUUAAAAAGAGACACGCUAACAUAUUCUAACGUAUUCUCAGAGCUGGGAAGAAGACAAAGAGAGACCUAUUUCUCGUGAGAGUUGAAAGAACUUUGAUAAAAAAACAUCAAGUGCAUACUGUAUGACUAUAUUCAGUUUGUAAUGUAAGCUAGAGGGUUCAGUUUUGGUGCUACAACAUGUGAUUAUUAUCAUAAUUGUUUUUCAGAAUCUGUCAGAGGACAUCUGUAAAGAUUGUGUGUGAACCAAGUGUAACUGUUAUCUGCCCGAAAAGAUCAUUCAAAGUCAUGUGUAAUCAACAUUUACCAUGUUCAUUUUCAUGAACAGAUUGCAAAUUUGUGUCAGCUGUGAUUAUAUUUUGUAUGUCAGGUUAAAGAUAGUCCCUAAUACUUCAUGAAUGCCAUAGAAAGUCACAAAAUUACUACAUUACCAUGGGUGAACGUGUUUUGAAGACAGGGCCACACCCAUAUGUAUAGAUUUUAAACACUAACAGGCCCUUAUGCACUAUGAUGGCAGGUGUGGUUAAAUAUGUAGUGAAAAGAGCCAAUAAAAACGCCACUCUAAAGCAACCAGAGAAUAUGUAUGUCAAAUAAACCAGAAUAAUGCAGUAAUACCUUAAUAUUAUCUAGACGUAGCAUUGUACAAAAUAUCUUUUAGAUGGAAAAACAUCAAAAGAUAAAUGAAAAAUAAACUAUCAAAUAGUGUCAAGAGAUUGAAUUAUCACGGAGACACCACAUCUGUUGAUGUGAAAUUAAAGCUCAUGUGAGAAUUCCCCCCCCCCCCCUAUGAAAUAGACUGAAAUUCAUAUAGAUGCCUUUAUAUGGCAUCUAAAAGUACAGAAGGACAUCAGCCUCAAGAUUUCAGAUUUUCGUGUCUUCAUAUUUAAUGUCUAAAACAGGUGCAAGAGGGGGUAGGUUUCUUUCUUUCUUUCUUUCUUUCUUUCUUUCUUUCUUUCUUUCUAUGUGUUCCAACCAUGGCAAAUCUCAACAUUUCUUAUUCAUUGGUUGGAAGGGAGCAGGAAGAAGAUUCAAGAGGUUUAAGGAAAGGAGCAGAGGAAAAAGCUGUGUUUCUACAAUGUCCACAAAAAUAGGUAUUAUAAAUGAUAUAUUUGACUAAAAACUCAGCAAGAAGAGAGAAAAAUAGCUGUUCAAGCAUGUAGAAGACAAAGGUUGGUUGAGCCACAGGGAGUGUCAAAAUAGACUCAAAGGGAAAGUUCCUCACAGGAGCUUUCACUCAUGAUGUAUUACUUAUAUAUUUGUGAGUAUGGGAUUAACUGAAAGUAUGACAUUGCUUUAUACCUUCAAUUAAGAAUACUUCCUGUCUGGUCAACUAAAGCUCCUAUGAGGAAAUUUUCACAUCUAUGACAGCACCUGAGAUUCAUACUGAUGACUUCUCAAGAUAUCUAAAAGCAAACAAGAUCAUCAGCAACAACACUGAUGAUUUUUAUAUUGUGAUGUUAAAUGCCUGAAACUGUUGGGAGCAGGUAGGUGUCAGCCAAGCAGCUGAAUAAACAGCCCUGUUUGUACCAUUUCCACAUAAAGUAUUCACAAUAAAGAGACAUUUGUGAAUCUGCAGGUAGUUAAAGUAUCAUUUAUAGUAUCAUAGCUACAUUUUUUAAGAUGACCUCUGUUUUUCAAAGUGGAAUAUGCGCAUAUGCAACAACUCCUUGAAGAAAGGGCCUCAGGACAUCUUUAUGCUUAUGUAUGACACUGUCUGUGUAUGCGUGUAUGUGUUGUUUGCAGUAUGUGGCAUUCACUGAUAUAUAUAAUGGCCAGAGGGAAGUAUUAGUUCUGUGUGAGGGUGACUCUUGGCCUAGUUUAGGACAAAGUUGUUGCCUGAUCAUGAGCCCAAGAGUUACGAUGAGUUUCCCCAUGAAAGCACGCACGGACAUCCCCUCACAAAGAAGCUGUGCAAUUACAGGGACCUGAGACUUCCCCGGGCCAUGUCCUAGCUAACAGUAAUUUCAGCUGGAAAUGGGUUUAAUGUUUUAAUGAAAGUAUAAAUAUGUAGCUAACUCUAUUGUGUGACCUCGGCAGAAAAUUGUCUCUGUGUGAAGAGGAUUCAGACACAGAAACAGAAUCAGCUGGAACAAAUUGAUAGCAGAAGGACUUUCUUUGAAUAUCAAACACGUCAUGUAAAUCAAAGACAAACAUUGUGCUAAUAGAAGGUACAUGCCUGACUCUGAACACCCAGCUGUGCUCAGGACCACACCCAGAUCCUUCCAGCAUAAAUCUGUGGUCACGUCUGCCGCAGGACACACAUAAUUAACCCUAAUUAAUCAUGAUUUUGUCAGGUUCCUUCUCAUUAAACUGAUGCUUGAAGUGAAUCUGCUUCCAUGGUACUGGCCUUCAGGUUUUCUUUGCAUGUCAUGCUUGGAUUUCUUCAAGACCAUUUUUGAUAAUUUUGCUUUUUUUUUCGUUGGAGUUGAUUUUUGUUCUCAGUGCCAUCUUUUAAUAUUUCAUGUUUUGUAUCUUUCUGCACAAACUUACAAGAGAUAAAAGACUACGGUCUGCUGUUUGCACCAGCUCUCAGCAGGAUAUCUAACAGUACGGAGUGUGCUGUGUCACUACACUGGUCUAAAAGUAUUAAUGAAUGGAUUCAUGGUUUUGGCUUGAGGGUGCAGUUUUGCAAAGGAGCUGUGGAUGAGUUUGUCUGCCUGGCGCGGCAUGUCCUGCGGGAGCUCUGGUCGACCAGCAGGUGGAUAAGAGGCCCACUGUGAGCUGCAGAUGGUGCAUGGUCUGGGUUGGAAAAGGGGAGCGAGGGGAUGGCUCACAAAGCCUGCCUCCACCCACCCCCCAUCUCCAAUCGACCCACAUGAUUCCACUGAAGAAUCCCCAGUUGUGGGGCAGAUGAAGGGAGAGAGGUUGGAUUGUUGUCUAUGUGCAGCUGGGUUACAGCGUCAAGGUCCCAGCCUUAGGGAGCAGCGCAAUUUACUCUUAAUGGAAAACAAGUAUAGCCUGUGACCUCAGCUUUAGUCUGUCCCCAUGUGGUCAUUUCUGUUUCCCUUAACCUCUGGGCAUGUUUUCUUCUUUGUGACACUGACUGUCUCAUGGUCUGUCUUCUCACUUCUGCUUAUUCGCUGCUGUCUGAGCUGUGAAAUACAACUACAGAGAGCUGCCUGUCUGCUCUGAUGUUGCUCAUUUAAGGCUUGUCGGAAAAAAAGAGAGCCUAUUUAAAGACGUAGGCACAACUGACAUAUUAUUCUGCUAUUCUUAUGAUGACUUGAAACCUCACAGAGUAGAUAUUUAAGGCUGCAAAACCUGCAUGUAUGUGUUUUAAUUUUGUUUGAAUAAGAGCUACUCAUGUUGGAUACUUUUAUAGUAAUCUAUUCCCAGCAAUCAGAAACCGCUUAACAGUAGGUCAGUGAGCCUUUGCUUCCAGGAAAGCCCAUAAAGCUCAAUUGUUUGAUAAAGAGUAGCAGGGACUUGCAGUUGCAUGCAUUAAAGAGAUGAAGGUGUGCUUGUGUUUGCUCUCCCAGUUGUACAGAUGUAGCACUUAGGUAAAGUGGGACUAAAUAAUUGAAAGCUGUUUUUUUUUUAUCUGUGGCUGUGCAGCUUUCCACAUAUAUCUGUAGUUAUUGUGUCACCCAGAGCAGUGUUGUUUUUGGCAGGCAUUUUAGAUUUAGUUUUAGUCUUAGUCAUUUUGACGAAAUGCUUCUUCGUUUUCGUCCCAUUUUAGUCAUUUCUAUCCUUGAUAGUUUUCGUCUAGUUUUAGUCCGACGAAAACUCAAAAGGUUUUAGUCUAGUUUUAGUCUCUCGAAAAGGUGCCUUUUGAGGUUCGUGGUGUUCUUUCCCGACAGUUUGAAGCUGCAGCAUGAGGAAGCUGUGGCUCCACAACUGUCGCCUGUCUCGUCUCCCCGUCCCCGUACAAGACAUUGUGUUUUAUUGUCACUUGAACUGUAUCUGAACGAGGACCAAAAAUCAUCCCUCUUUUUUCGGCCACCGGACACCGCUGCUGUGCCUGCCGCCACGGUGUGUGUGUGCGCGCGCCUCGUCCACCUGCCGCUCUGUGUAUGUGUAUGAGUGUGUGCGCGCAGCUGUGCGCGAGCGAGGCUUUUGGUGCGUGUGUGAUGGGGGCGUGACUGUUAGGACAAAAAAAGCAUGUUUUGAAACUUUGUUCGUCCACCUAAUAACAAUCUAGUCUCGUCUCGUUCUCGUCUGACGAAAAUGAAUACAAUUUUCGUCACAUUUUAGUCUUUACAGAGCUUUGGUUACGUUCGUCUUAGUCUCAUUUUCGUCAAGGAAAAAAGGGGUCUGACGUCGUCAUUUAAGUUUUCGUCCUGCCUGACGAAAACAACACUGACCCAGAGAUAAUUCAGAAGACACACAUACAGCUAUUCAAUCAAUGUGUCUAAAGGUGACGUCUACACAAUGCAAGCGCGUCUUUGUGUGUUGUUUUCAUGGAUGCUAUGUAUACCUGUGUUUCCUGUGAAAACGCAGUCUUGUUUAUGGAGGAAUUGACACAAAGAAAGAUGGUGAAACAGAAAUGUGUGAGUGUUUGUGUGUGAGUGUGGGUGCUGUGAGAUGUCUUUGAUUGAGUGCUGUGUGAGUGAUUCAGCAACCUUGAGGGAUAAAGUGCCUCAACCUAAGCUUUGUGCAUGAUCAGAAGGCGUGCCUGAAAUAUAGCCUUCCAGAGGGAGAGUGAGUGUAGUUGGUGAUGUAUAUUAAGGUUUGAUAUGUCCUGUGUGCACAUGAGAAAGGCCUGAAUUUUGACAGUUGAGUAAUGAGGCCAACCAGCAGUAUCUGCCUGAGUGUCCUUUUCUCAUUCACAUUCAGAGAGAGAGAGAGAUAUGCUGCGAUUCAUUGACAGGCAGAGAUUACUUUCACAUCCCUCUUUCAGAAUAGAAGCUCCAAUCUGCUCUUGGUUGGUAAGUGUAAGGUUAUGAAUUUGCAGCAGAUUGCCUUUAGUUAUAGAGUGGAGCACACUGUUAUUUGGUUAUGACAGCAUCUUAUUCUUUUAAUUUUCAACAAGUCCUGUAUGUUCAGUAAGCACCGUAGAAAAUUUGACUUUCACACCAAGUUAAAUAUCACAAUACUUGACACUAAAAUGAUACCUAAAACUGAAACAACACUGCUUUAAAACACAAUGACUACAUAAGAAGCAGGGAGUCUACAAGGGUAGGUCACUUUGGGUUUCAUAGUUUAUGAAAAAGUGUGAUUUUAACAACAGACCAAUUCAUUUUUAAAGCUUUCAAAGCAACCAAGUCACAUCUUCCUAUAUUCAAGAAGCAGUAUGUUUAUGAUGUAUGUUCACAAACUUAACAUGAAAGUGUGCUUUGUGAACUGGCCUCACUCUGUGACGCUACAAAACCACCAUAGAAGAGGGUGCAGGAAUGAAGCCCGGUGCUAUUUAGCUGUCGCACAUGUGCGAGUCUCGCAAAUAACUGUAGCUUUAUACUGUACAUUUGUUGUAUUUGUACUCUGUUGUAAUGCGCUUGUCAUGUUAUUUGGAAUCCACUGUGGGUCAGACAUUUGACACGCCACAAAUACGCUGACAUCAUGUAUCAGGGGCGAUAAAAUUAAAAAGCACAUCAACAUCGGAGCUAGUCUGCUAACUUAUAUACUCACCUUGGAUAGGCCAUCAGAGUGUCUGUCACUGUGGUUCUCGAUAAGGUUUGACGCGUUUCCUCUCUUACAUUACACUGUUUGCUCAAAUGUUUCGAUAACAGCCCUCAGGGUCACCAGUGCGUGGCAUGGAGGAUACAUAGUUCCUGUCCAGGCAGGGGCAUGUCUCUGAAGAGUUGGUAUUUUUAUUUCUGUGCAUGCUUUCUCCACACACACUCAAAGGACAUGCUAAUUAGGUUACCCCUAUAGUGUCCAUGGGAGUAUAUACGUGGAUGACUGGUUGCUAGUUGAACUGGUGACCAGUUCAGAGUGUGCCCCACCUUUCACUCAAUGCAGCUCGAAUCAGCUCCAGCCCAUGUGAAGCUGAAAGGGAUUAGCAGAAAUAAUGACAGACAUCAGACUGGAUUUGAAAUUAUAUGUCUGUACUUAAAACUAUCUAUUCAGAAUUACACAUGUGCAAUUAUCUUAUACAUAGCGGUGGCAGAAAAAAUCGAUACAGCAUAGUAUCGCAAUAUUUUUUCUGGUGAUAUAUCGUAUUGUGUCAUUCACCAAGUAUCGACGUUUUCAAAUUAAUUGUUAAUAUGAAGUCAAAUCUAUGAUAAUGGAAAAAUAAAAUCAACUGUUUGUCCAGUGAGGUUGACAGAAGUGACAUCAUAGAGCAGGAGAAAGUUAGUACAAUAAAAAAAUAUAUAUCUAUAAGAUUUGCAAGAUGUGCUACAUAAAAAUAAAAUACAGCGUAAAUAAGACAAACAUAAAGAAAAGACAAAUGCUAAGUUUGCUAAACAGUUGAAAAAAUGUAAAAAUCGCAAUAUAUUGUAUCACAAUGCUUUAUUGCAAAAUGUUAAAAAUCGCAAUAAUAUCGCAUCAUGGCCCAAGUAUUGUGAUAAUAUCGUAAAUGUAGGGCCACUAGUGAUUCCCACCCCUAUUAUACAUAACAAGGGUAUAACUCAUUGUGCUCAAGUAUAUUGAAGAAAACAAAAUAUAUUUAUCAGUCUGAAUUAUUUAAGCUCAUAUGUUCACCUACUUUUGACAGAAAUAGCUGUGGGUGGGCGCUGACAGAUUCUACCUACUCCCUGAGAUGUAAAGUCAUUGCUGUGCCACUCCCAGUGUGAUCAGUAUUGGAAAUACUGAGAUAUUACACCAUCAGUAGCUCCCCUCCUUUUGAAGCCCAAAGACUCGAGUGUAAUCUUAGACGAAUGUUCAAUGAGGAGGCAUGCUGCCCAUCGUUCAGCCACAGAGACGCAUUGAUUAUCCUUUCUCCUGCAGCAAAACAUAAUGGAUGCACAAAGAUUAUAAUGUGUCACCUGCAUGUUGAAAGUGUGUUUUUAUUUUAUCCGAUUCAGAUUUGUCGAAGAACCGCCUCACAGAAAUCCCCCCUGAAGUCUGUAUGUUCGCCCCCCUCGAGUCACUCAACCUCUACCACAACUGCAUCAAAUGCAUCCCAGAAGCCAUCAUCAACCUGCAGAUGCUGACUUAUCUUGACAUCAGGUAGGUCAUCGCUAACGCAGCUUUCAGCUUUGUUCCUGAUGUGUCUCAUGUGUUCAGUUUAAAACCUCAAGAGAAGCUUCGAGUUCCCUUUUCACUGAAAAACAAGACAGAAAAUGCUUAUAUGAAAGAGGGGCAGUUCCUCUAUCCCCAGUCACCAAAUACUCUCCGCUACAUACUUCUGUUUACUGUUUGAAAUAUAGGUCAUUGUUUUUUCUUUCUCUUCAGCCGAAAUCUCUUGUCAGUCCUGCCAAAAUACUUGUUCAGCCUCCCCCUCAAAGUUCUGCUUGUGAGCAACAACAAGCUGGUGUCUGUCCCCGAGGAGAUCGGGAGGGCCAAAGAGUUGAUGGAGCUGGUGAGCAGUGUGUUUGUUAGUAUACUUGAACUUUUGCAAAUCCUACUGCCUUUGUAAUCAAAUUCCUUGCACUCUGUCUCCCCUUGCAGGACAUAAGCUGCAAUGAGAUCCAGGUGCUGCCAGCUCAGGUUGGGAGGCUUCAUGCCCUACGGGAGCUCAACAUCAGGAAGAACUGUCUCCACAUGCUGCCUGAGGGUCGGUUCAUCACUCAAGAUGCUCUUUUUCCUUUGUGUUCUUAAGAAAUCUCAAAAUAUUGAUUCAUUCUAACACUUUUGGCAAGUAAACCAAUUCUCUGACAUCCAAGAAUAACAUCUCUGCAGUGUUUGUCCACGUUGGGUGGUAUGUAGCUGUCUGUGAAGUCGAAAUCACUCUAAAUGGAUUAUGAAACUCAGAGGUGUUGAAGCAUGAGGCAAAAAGAAAACUACAUAUUAAAGAGAAGUCACUGGUGUACUUUUUGGAGGAAUUGUUCCAUUAUAUGAAAGUCGAUCAACCCUGAAAUCUGUCUGUGUGUCUUGGCUUCGCAAUGAUUAGGCGUUACCAACAAGAAUAUUAAAAAACACACACGUGUUGGGUGUAGUGCGUUAACUCAAAAUAAAACUCCUCUUGUCUCUUCUUGCAGAGUUGGCUGACUUGCCCCUGACGAGACUUGACUUCUCCUGCAAUAAGAUCACAGAGAUUCCUACAGCCUACAGGAAACUCAGGCAGCUGCAGCACAUCAUCCUCGACAACAACCCUAUGCAGUCUCCACCUGCACAGGUAUAUGCAUGCAUUGUUUAAUUUCAUGUUUCCCUGUUACCUGCAUGCUAAGAGUGUUUAUUAGUCAAGCAGACACGCCCCUCACGCUCUAACGUUUUUGUCACAGUUGCACCAUCUAGUGGAUGAAUAAACAAACUCCUCAGUUACGGUGGCAACAACUUGACUCUGGAGAUAUAAUGCGUCCCUUUGUCUGUUUCAGAUUUGCCUCAAGGGAAAAGUACACAUAUUCAAAUACCUGAACAUCCAGGCAUGUAGGAUGGACAAGAAGCCAGACACCCUGGACCUCCCCUCCCUCGGCAAGCGCUGCCUCCCCCAGCCGCUGACAGACAGGUCCUGAAACAUUUAUAUUUAUAGAUUCAACAUGGCAUUUACACUCUCAAAGAUGAUCCCUCCCACUUGAACAGGAUAUUUACAUACACCCUUGUGUCCUCGAUUAUAAAUCUAACAUUUUGGUUUGCACAUAUUUUAAAACAUUUAUUAUUAUCCACUCUGACUGUUACAUGUUACAAAAAUAAAAUCUCUACUGAGCAAUUUCUUUUUGUUUCAUACAGUAUGGAAGAUUUUUACCCCAGUAAGAACCACGGGCCUGACUCUGGAAUUGGUAGUGACAAUGGCGACAAGAGGCUGUCAACAACUGAGGUCAGAGUUCAGACAGACAAGAAUAAUCAAUGUGUUAUGAACAUAUCAUUGUGUUUGACUGCUUGCCAUAAUGCAGUGGUUCUCAAGUCCAGUCCUCGAGCCCCCCCCCCCAUCCUGCAUGUUUGGGAUGUGUCCCUGCUCCAACACACCUGAUUCAAAUGAUCAGCUCGUUAUCAAGCUCUGGAAUGGUUUAAUAACGAGCUGAUCAUUUGAAUCAGGUGUGUUGGAGCAGGGACACAUCCAAAACAUGCAGGACAGGGGGGGCUCGAGGACUGGACUUGAGAACCACAGCCAUAAUGCAACAUGUAAAGAUUUGCAAUCAUCAAAGGGAGAACAGGAAUAUUUCAUGAACACGUGGAAACACUUUUGAGUUCAGGCUCGGGUGAAACAGACUUUUCCAAAAAUAGCUGUGAGAGUGUCGACAAAAUUGUAUAGCAACCUGCAUGAUAAACAAGAAACCAAACAGGAUAAAACUAGAAAAAUAACACUCCAGUAUUAGAUUUGAUUUGUUAAUGUGAAGCUGGCCAGCAGGUAAACAGUAGAGGCUGAUGGAGAAUACUAAGACACUGGAGCAAUAGAAGAGGUUUGCAUGAGAAACAACCACUCUGAGACUCGUUGUAGGAGUCCAGUUCUGCUCGAGGCACAAGCAGCCUUACUCUCUUUGUAUUGAGAUAAAACACGAGAUGAAUGAGUGUUUCUCUGAGGAGGUCAGAAAAACUGGGCAACAGAUGUGGUAGAGGUUGAAGUAAAGGAUGUAAAUUUUGCUCCACAGUCUUCACUUCUUGUUCUCUUCUCCUGCAGCCUUCUGACGAUGAUACCGUCAGCCUGCACUCCCAGGUUUCAGAGACAGCCCGUGCCGACGCCCUCUCACUCCUCUCCAAAAUGGACUCUUGCAAAGGUUACCGAAAAUAAGUAUCACAUAUACCCUAUGACAACAAUAAGAGAGACACGGGGUUGGUAGAAUGAAGUGCCUAAAAAAUAUGACAGUUUAUGUGAUGACCGCGGAUGCUUCCUCCCUCUAUCAGAUCAGGAUCUCUAUGACUUUAUAGAGCCCAACCCGGAUGAGGAUCCUGCUCUGUCAGAGUGUGACGGACAGCAGAGCACUCAUGUGUCUUGUAUAAAGGUAUGAAGUUAUUUGUUUAUAAAAAAAAAAAGGAUGGUCAAAAGCUGUCAGAAGAGCUGUCACCAGAGGGUAAAUCAGUUUCCACACACAUGGUCUUUGUUUGUGUGUGUUUUAGGAACUGGAGAAAGUUCUUAACAUGUCUCACCAAAGCAAAGAUAAAGACAGCUGGAAAGAAGAGUCAGGGUGAGUUGGUGACACGUUUCUGCAGUCAAAUGAACGAACAGUUUAAGUGUCUUUGCCAAAUCUUGAAUCUAAAUGCUUGCAAAACACAAACAAAGUCAGCAAAAACAGCUCCGUGGAAACGGAGAGUUUCUGACAGACAUGUUUUAUUGUAAUGAGUCACCAGGCUGCAAAACACGACCAGUUAACUCGUUGUGGAGCACCUGAGUCUGUGUAGGCUAAAAAGCGAAGACACUGUACUGAGCUGUCUAAAUUAAUGUCUGAAACAUUAAAGGGAUAUUCCGGCGUAAAAUUAAUUUAGGGUUGAACACUUCUGCAAUAAGACUUUACAAUGAACUGUAAUAGAACUGGACUCACACCACCACUUUUUUCUGGUACUUAAAUUGUAUAUAUUGUAUAUACUUUUAUUUUAUUUUAUCUUAUUUUAUUUUCUUCUCCCCUUUUUUCUUUUUCUAAUUUUUUUCUUAAUUAUAACAUUUAUUUAGUUUCUUAAUAUCACGAUCUUUAUUUUUAUAACUGCAUUUUGCACUACCUUUGUCUGUGACGCUGCUGUGGCAAAAAAAAUUUCCCCCAUUGGGGAUCAAUAAAGGAAUAUUCUAUUGUAUUCUACUCUAACACACCAUAACACCGAGUUGGACACCCCAUGGAGGGAUAGAUGUUGCCGACCGCUUGCUUCUCUAGUUAUACCAACUUUAGUAACAACCGCAAGAUAGCAAUACACAGUGGUUUAAGGAGCCAUAAACAAACCUCAAACAAAACGCCACUCUAUAGCCACAAAUAAUUCUCAGAACAGCACCUAACUUCAUCAACAGUAUAUAUAGAGUUCUAGCCACAGCACUAGCCACCAAACAUCUUUUUAACUUUGCCUGAUUUCUUUAGCAAAGAGACUAAACACAACACACCUACUCUCUUCCAGCAGCCGCUUGUUUGUAGCGAGACCUCAGGCCAGUCCAUUGAAGGGUUCAGCGGGGUGACGCAGCUCAAAGAAGAACAUUUAUGAUAAUUUCUUCAUGGAAAUGCAAUCAGACGGAGACGCUAAGGCAGAAGAACUACGGCGUCUGCAGUGCAAAAUGAUAAUUAUGAUGAUUAUUACUUCAAGGAAAUGAUAAAGAAAUGAUCAUAAAUGUUCUUCCUUGAGCUGCGUCACCCGCUGAACCCUUGAUCUCUUGAUGGGGUGUCUAACUCAGUGUUACGGUGUGUUUGACCCUAAAUUAAUUUUAUGCCGGAAUAUCCCUUUAACGGUCAGUCUUGAUUAACUAGACCUGGACUCAAAUACUAGCUAACACCGAGGGUAAAUGGUUGUUUCAGAUGUCUCAACUCAUGAGUAAGUGUGUGUGCAGACCCCUUGUAUACUAACUCACAGUGUUGUUUCCCCAGCUCUGAUAAGGAGCAGCUUGUUGAGGAAGAGGACGAUGAGCUGAAGGAAGUUCUGGAUCUAAGGAAGAUCGCUGUUCAGCUUUUGCAGCAGGAGCAGCAGAACCGGUGCGUGUAAAUUUCACCACAUACUUUCAAAAAUUUCUGCAGUCUUUAGUUACUUUCUCUUCAGUCCUCACCAUGUUACAUGUCUAAUCAUGUCAACCAAUCAAUGAGUUUUUUUUUUAAUAUAGCGCCGAAUCACAACAAUAGUUAUCCCAAGAUGCUUUCCAAAAGAGCAGGUCAAGACCACACUCAUUGUUUGAUGUAAUACAAAGACACAAGCGUAGGAUGGGACAGAUUAGACCUGUGAGUGAGUGACAGUAGUAAGGAAAAACUUCCUUUUAACAGGCAGAAACCAUGAGCAGGACCUGACUCAUGUUAGACAGCUACCUGCCGCCGCUGAGUCUGGGAGAAACAGAGAGAGGGGGAGUUAUUGGGAAGGAGAAAGAGCAAGGGGGAGAGAGAGAUGGCAGGUGGGGAAACGUGUGCGUUGUUCUUAUGUGUCAGGCUGAUUGCUUCAUCUCCACUGUGUGCGUAGAUUCAUUGUUUCUGUGAAUAAAACACCUUUAUUUCUCAAACCCCCCAAUAUUGCUCCAUUUUACAGUAUUUUUCCUCUCACCUCUGCAGAAUGACUCUCUAACUUCACCUUAUUCUUGUUUUUUUCCUUUGCCCUGACUGCUGGUUGUUUGAUUUUCUGCCUCUAGGCGGCGGUCCUUAAUUUGCAGAGCGGAGAGUCUCAUCCACCGACGGAGGGUGACCGGUAGAGCGCACAGGUAGAUUGAGUUUGUUUAACAUCGUUGAUACAGAGCUUGGUUUUAACUCUAGUUUUGUACACACACUGGCACAGCAGGCCUCUACAGUUUUUAUGUGUUACACUACAUAUUUAAUGCAGUUUAAAACAUACAGUCCAACUUUUUUUAAAUUCAUGUCUUUAGUUUUGUCCUCUAUGAUUCAGUCCACUAGUGUUGUGUAAAACGGUGUUGUUGGUUAUUUAACAGAUGCUAUCAUAAAGCGAUGAAUCCAGUGUGAGGAUAAAAAUCUCUUGUUUCCCAAUUUGUAAAAUUUCUGUUGAAAUGGUUCCUGUUCCCCUCCAAAUCUCCACAGAAACAUAACUGAAAAAAGUUUACCUGCAUGCAUCAUCAACCAUGAAUUGUUGCAUGAGUCAUCGCCAUUGUAGCAGGGCUUGUCAUCACGCAGGUCCGUAACUGCACCUGCAUCUGAAUGUGUCUGCAGGUUCUUAAGUCACUCUGGAAGUUCCAGCAGCAAACCAAGGCCCCCGCCCCAGACCGCUCGCAGGUAUGUUAUAGAAGCACACCAAAUCACAACAGGGUCUCUCAAAAAAGAGGAAGUCUGCUUUGCCUCUGCUGGAUAAAAUCAUUUAAAGGCUAAUUCUGAAAAUGAUAAGGAACAUAAAAUCAAAUCGCAAAUAAAAACACCCAGAGGCAUUUUUCUACUGAACUGAAAUACAAAUAUUUUGAUAGUAAACUGGUUCAGAUCUUACAGUAAACUCCCACUCAUUCUGCCCCACAGCAAGUCACUAUUUUUGUUAAGUCCUUGACUUAUGAUUAAUGCUUACAAAAAAAAAAAAAAAAACUGUCUGAAAAGUGGGCAUCAUGACAACUCACCUAAAGUGAAGCCAAACAUUUGGAGCUCCCCCUAGUGACAGGAAACAGUCAUCAUGCACCUGGCCUCCUCCAUGUUAACAAAUUGGACAAGGGUGAAACUUAACAGACACUAUCAAGUAACUUUUCUUAUAGAUGUUUUUUUGUCAUCCUGCUGAUUUACAUCUUUUUCUUUCUAAGAGAAGUUUAGUUCUUAUUCUGAGAGUUAUGAGAGUCCCACACCCCCUCAAGGAUCUGUUCUGCUUUAGCGAUAUUUCUAAGCGUUGUACUGGCACAGAACAGUCCACUAUCCUAUGUGUGACCUAUAAAAACAAAGUUGACAGGAAAAUGCGAGCACAGGUAAACAAACUGGCCUAUGUCUACACACAGUUGAGAGGUAAUUGGCGAAGUGAGUGAGAAGAGGGUGAACUGAAGUCAGAUUAUAUACAAAUUUAGGAUCACAUUAUAAAACUGUUGCAUGGUGUCUUUGAGGUUAUUUUAAAACUAUCACAUGAUUAAACCUGUGUCUCUAUUUCAGUGCUUCUCUGGAUGAGGGGAGCAGCGGAGCUUCCGUUCUGGGUGGACAGGUACAAACACCCUCGAUUGAAAUGAACUCCAUUUAUGGCCACAUCUCUUCUCACAAGUUUAGUAUUUUCUUUGAGCAUCAUACCGAGAUUAAUUGAAUAUAAACUGUGUGUUUUUACAGCCCUCUUCUUCCUGCUCCUUCGAUGGCAGCCUGAGGACAGAUAACUCAGACUCAGAACCAAAGUGGCCUGAAGUCCCACCUGUUCUCAACCAGAACGAAGACCGCAGGAGAAACAAGUACCUGAGAAAAGAUUAUCUCAAGGUGUGAACACGCUUCUUAAUAACCGAUGUGGUCUACUAUUUUGCAUUAAUCAUAUUCUGCAGAACUGACCUCAAAAGUUGCCACGGGAUAAAGGCUCACCUACCUUCAAAUAAAUUCGAUUGAAAAAGCUUUGUUUGUCCCUGGAGGGGGAAAAGGCUUUGUAAUAACUUGCUACCACAGUUUUUGGGUGUGAAUAGGUAUUUCUCUGGCCUGCUCACAUAACAGAAGGUUUAUUUUGGAUUGGGACAGUCCACAGACCUCACCUCACUCCAAACUGACGACAACACUGUAUCUCAAAAAAACAAGGUUGCUGCCAAGGGUUCUUAUGAGAACCACAAACUCGAUUACCCUUUUUUGUACGGGGGUGAAAAUAACUCUCUGCAUUACGAGGGGCCAUUACUUCUAGAGGGAUUUUUUUGUGUGUUUGUAAUUUUAAGCACCUGUGAAAUAUUACCAUCCAUCCAAGAAUCAGCAUUUCCACUAAUGGCUAAAACUUGAGAACAGCAAAUAAGAAAAGAAUGUUGUUGUUUUUUUUUUCAUUUCCCAACAGUACAAGUGUCAGAGUGCUCGGAAAAACUCCAGUGGGAACGAUGACUGUGAGGUGGGUCUCCACAAACAUCCUGAUUAAGAGGAAGAUCUGAAAAUCUUAUCACCUCAGGACAUCUUUCUGACACUACCUCUGAUUGUUAUGGGUGUGUUUCUCUUUCUCAAGGAGGGGUUGCGCAGCAGUGAUUUCAGCACAACUCUGACUGUGUUUGGACUCAAGCCACGAUCAGGUAACCCACACGCACCCACUUUAUGGCUCCUCAUGUUUUCUUUUGUCUGUCCUCUAAUUAGAAUAAAGGUCUUGAUGUCGUUGUGGCUAAAAAAAAAAAAAAAAAAACAUCUUGAGAGUAUUGUCUUUCAAAUUUUGUACGUACAUGCAUGAUGCUUGUGCCUGAGGAGAUUCAGGUCACAUGUCACACGUACAUGUCUGUUGUGUAACACCUUCCAAAGAAAAAAGCACAACACAUUCAAGAAGGAUGUAAGCCCUUUAGACUUUUUAAAUAGAAACAGAAGCUUGAAGGAUUUUUUUUAUGUAAAUGUCAAAUAGUUCUUGGUAAAAAAUAAAUAAAGCAAUAAAAGUCAUCAUUGUACCCUGAAGUUAUAGAUGAUUUUUACAGCUAUAAAGUUUAGUUUGGCUGAUUCAGAUAAAAAACAGUAAAAUGAGUCCCUGUCCACAGUAUCCUGGUGUUUUGUUUGACUAUUCACAGUAAAACAGUGAAAUCAGCGAAUUGCUACCAGACUGGAUUAUCUUGUUAGGUUAAAUGAUGAUGCAGGUAGUCGGGGAGAGCAACAGUUUAGAAGUUUUUUUCCCACAAAAUGCAGCGUAUGUUGCACUUGGCUCCCUUUGAAAAAAAAAAAAUCUUAAAAUGAAACAUGGAAAAUCCCCAGGAGAGUGCUCUACUUUCUCACACAACUCACCACUAUUAAAAUGAUAACACAUUCAUCUCCUGUCAAAGCCCCAACUUUUUUUUUUUUAGGUGGAGCCCCAGCAGCAUUUCUCUAGAAGUGAAGAAAGUUUCCAAGGAACUGUUGAUCUGUUCUCUAUCAGUGCAGUAGCUCUGAGGGUGAAGGCACGAGAGGACUGAAGGCUCUUUGUAAACACAGAAUGUCUUUGACUUUGGUGUUCUCCAAUGUCUUUUGACUGCGCCAAGAAAUCCUGCAGACUCAAUUUUCUCACUGUUAAAUAACUGCUUUUUGUAAAACCUCAGGGACAAAGGAAGUAUUUAAAUCUCAGUUUGAGGUGUAAUUACCAAAACUGUGUAAAAAAAAAAUGCUCACAACUUGAAGCACGUCCUCAACAAGAAUAUUUACGUCAUACAUCAGAUGCAAAGUUGCUCACUGCAGCCAACAGUCCCUCCACCUGUAUUUAAGCUUCAUUCAAGCUUUGUUUUGACAGCAGCACUUAAAUACAGCAGUACAUUGAGGCAGUGCUGACACUGAAUUGUUCACUGGAGCUCGAUAAGCUGUAUCCAAAAGAACACCUCCAAAGGCUGGUGUCGUCCAGGCAUGCACGAAAACAACCUGCCUAGUAGAGCUGCAGGUCUGAUGUCCCACCCUUUCAACUAACCAUCACAAGCCUCAAUUCAAUGUUUAAAUGUUAAAGAUCUCCUCAGUCAGACCAGAUCCCAGUGUUGGUUUGAAGCAGACACAAACAGCUGUAAAAAUGUAAUGUUAUCCUGUGUUUGUUACAUUCUUCCUGUGCCCGGACCAUCUGGUACAUCGAUGCUGCAGAAAUUUAACAAAGCUUUUGAUCAGUCCUCUUUUCAAACAACUGAUUAAUUAAUAAAAAGACAAAUAAACAAAUGGACAAGAAUCUGCACGAUACGUAUUAAUACAGAAACCAUGUUUGGUGAAAAUCUAUUUGGAUUUUGUUGUUUUUUCAAUCUGUGUUCCAUCAAAAUAACUGGAAGAGGCGGGGUUUGUGGGCUAUACUGCAGAUAGUCAGUAGAGGGAGCUCUACAUCUGUUGGCCUAACAGUCAGUGAACUUUCAUAAUGUCCAUUUCAGAAUACAGUUGAUGAAAUAACAGCAAAGGUCGUUAUAGAUUAGUCCGCCGAUUGUUUUUACAGAACAGUCAAAUUUUUGGUUUGUAAAAUUUCAGGAAAAAUAGAACAGAAAAUGAGAGAACUAAAGACAGCUAGAUCACACACAUCGUUUAAAAAUCAAUCCGUAAAAAGUUAUCGCUGUAGCCUGUUGAUAAUGUGUUGAAACUGGUAAACAUUUAUCCCCGUUUAAGGUUUUUUGACCAAUCAGAAUCAACUAUUCAACACAGCCAGGUAAUCAGUAAGAAAACCAAUACUAAUCUUGAAGACCGAGUUCUUUGGGUGGUAUAUUAGAUUUAGAAUAAGAAAAAUGCAAGCCAAAUCAUCAGAUCUUCUCGCAAUCUAAUCUAAAGAUUUCAAGAGAAGACAAUGUUCAUGAGCACUUACUAGAAAUGUUCUUAUCUGAUCUUUCUUUCAUUAUGGGAACUGAGGAUGGCAUGACUAAAAUUCUCCUCUUAACUUCCUAUCCUCUUAAUCUUCUGUUGCUCCGUUUCACAGCUUCGAUUCUUAUUUCUCGAAAAAUAGAGUUUGAGUUUACUCAGAUAUCAUCAGACUAUGACUCUGGUUGUUUGCGUCACAUUUGAUUGGCAGUCUGCCUUGUAUGAUAAGUAAACCACAUGCCCUAAGUUUGACCUGCACAAGCCGUCUUUGCUUUGUUAUGGUUUUCUUCGUAUCUCUCUGUGCGUUACCAAGAACUGAGAACAGUACCUUUUAUUCUUUCAGCCUUCACAAGAGGAAGCCGCCAAGAGUACAACUCCACGGACCCCAGUUUCACCAUGAGACGGAAGAUGGAGCACUUGAGGGAGGAAAUGGAACAGAUAGGACUGUUGCGGCAGGUCAGAAGUCUCACAGCUUGUUCAUAGCUUUACACAAUGCACUAACUCAUACAGAGGCUAAAGCCUGCCAGAUCCUGCUUCUGUGUGAGUGUGUAUACUUUUAAGGAAACAAGUGAGAUUGAAGAAGAUGAGUCACUCUGUGAUGUUUUUCUCCCCCCUUCCUUCCUAAGUCAUGAAUGCUCACAUCGGUGGUAGUCGUUAAAAGUCUGAGGAGUAAUUCUAAAUCAGUUAGACAUUUUUAUCGCCAUCUAUAAUCUAGAAGCACUAACAGAGGCUUACUAGACAGUUUGAGGGGUAGGGGCAAAUAAAUAAAAAGCUGCAUGGUGUACGCUGUGGGGCACCAGCCCACUCAAAGUUGAGACAAAUGAAGAUGUGCCUCCAGCAGCAUUGGAAGACUAGUUUGAAAGCUCUUCAGCUACACAUUAAAUGGAUUCAGCACAAAUAUUAUUCUGUUUCUGAUUUCACCCUUUCCUUUUGGCAGUCAGAAAAAAAAUGACUUCCUGAAAGCAUCAGCUGACAACACAGAGGAAAUGUUUCAUAUUACUCCUAAGGCCUGACUAAUUUAUCGGCAAGCCAAAUAAAUCGGCCAAAUUUAGCCCGUUUGAGACUGAAUUGGUAAUCGGCCAAAUUCGCCGAUUUUCACCGAUAUUUUCAGAAAUAAAAUGCGAAGAAUAAGAUUCGGUUUCACUUCGAAAAGGUUCCGCCAUUCGAAAAGUUCCCCAACUUAUCCUGUAGAUGGCGUAGCGACCUCAUGACAAUCUUGAUCCACUAACUACCUCACAGCACAGCAGAGUGACGAAUUUGAAGCAGGCAGCUCAGGGACCCAUGGAGGACAGUGGUACAGUUUGUGAAAUACACAAUAAGUCAACAAAUUUCAGUUCAACCCACUCCACGAUGUUCCCUGCUGUGCUGGUCUCGGUCACGCAGAGUUAACGGUGAAGCGCCAUGUAAUAUGCAAGCUAAAGUUAGAGUUAGCCAUCUGCUAUUAGCCUUGCUACACUGUUAGCCGUGCCAGUAACGGUAGAAUAAACAACAGUACACAUUAUGUGAUCGAGCUACUUCUCCUACUGAGGCAACUGCAUGUCUCCAGAAGAGACCGGACCGGACAUGUGUAACGUGAGUUGAGACGUGGAGGCACCGAUGGGCGCGGGGGCUGGGGGGGUUGUAUUUGAAAACGCUUUUCUGGUCCGAGUUUGAUCAGUCGGUCUUCCAGUCGGCGUGAAGAGCAGUAACCUACAAUAUCUACAGUAUAUAUAUAUUUUUUAUAAUAGUCGCUAUCGGCAUUGGCCCCAAAAAAUCCAUAUCGGUCGGGCCCUACUCUUAGUGUAUCUGAAGAGCACAAACUACGUCACAAGCAGAGGAAAGAAGAAUUUUAAUAAAUGGUGGACGAGAGCAGAAAUGAACUAGCUAAAGCUGUUAAAAUGCACAAGGAGCGGAGUCAAACGGAAAGGAAGAAACCACAAACAACUACAUGGUAUGUGCUUUGGCAGUGUGAGAAGACUGGUUAAGUAAGGAGACAGUGUUGACAGACAAGUUAGAGGGAGAAGAACCCGUCAUAAACAGGCGUAUGCUGCUAAUGUGUCGGGAUUGAAAAUGGGGUUAGAGGGAAAAAGAGAGAGAGAUAUGGGGACAAACAACAACAAGUGCUCAAAUGAACUUAUACUUACAGGGCCUGUUAUAAAGGGAAUAACAGCAUAUCUGUUUGCACUAGGAUCUUGACAGUACAGCCAUCAGGAGCAGUAUGUCAUCACAUAAACAACUUUUUUUACAGUGCCGACUCUAGUCUAUAAAGGCGACAAAGUAUGGCUGACUCAUACAGCUCAAGUCAGGCCUGGACACCUUCCUCUGCUCCUUUUUGGUUGCCCACUCUGUCGUUCAUUUGUACUCACACUUCAGCAACAACAGCCUGUUUCUGUGUGAAAAAUGUCUUAACAGAAAGCCCAACUACAUUUGAAAAAGUGAUAUAGAUAAAUGAAUAAACUCUCCUCCCUUUAGAAACUAAAGUGUUCCUCUUAUUUUAGGAGUUAAUGGUUUCAUUAAGUUACUGUCAUUGUGUUCCCAGAACAUCGAGUCCAGACUGAAGGUGCUGCUCCCUGAUGAUGUUGGAGCUGCUCUGAUGGAUGGAGUCGUCCUCUGCCAUUUAGCCAAUCACAUUUGUCCUCGUUCCGUCUCCAGCAUCCAUGUCCCGUCUCCUGCAGUGGUAAGCAAACUGACCACAGAUUAAAAAAUCAGAAAGUCAUUGUCAGCUGAACACCGUGUGGCUUUGACUCAGCAUAUAAUAUAACGGUAGCAUUGUACAUGUGGUUAAAAAUUGGAAGCACUUGUCUUCCAAACUUAUUCCUUGUGUGGUUUUGUAACAUGUUUGAUUAUUUUUGCUUUUCACUUCUAACAUGAUUGAUAUUCUGGCCUCCAGCCAAAGCUUAGCAUGGCUAAAUGUCGCAGGAAUGUGGAGAACUUCUUGGAUGCGUGUAAGAAGCUGGGAGUCCCGCAGGUAAAAUAUACACAAUCCAUCACUCUCAUUCGUGCAGCUGACAGACCUACUGCACUGCAUGUAUUUAUUAUUUUUGCGGCUCAGAUUAACGGUCUACUUGUGUCAUUUGCCGUUGUGCUCCUGAGAGUUACAGUAAUAAUGACACUGCCAUUCACUGAGCUGGUUUACACUGACACUAUGAGAGGAAAUAUGAGCUACAGUUGUCUCUUUUCUCUUGAAAUCUUGUUGGUAAAGAUGUCUGUCUCCUCUUUCAGGACAAGCUGUGUCUGCCUCAUCACAUCCUGGAGGAGCGUGGUCUGGUAAAGGUGGGUGUGACGGUCCAGGCUCUGCUGGAUCUGCCCUCAUCAAAGCCCUCACAACUCUCUGCUGUUUGACACAAGCCUGAAUGUUCUUCCCAACCUGUAGUCAUUUAAUCAAGCCUAGCCCAAACCACACCUGCCUCCCCGUCACCAGGGACCAGAGAGCCCCCCUUUUGGGUGAGGACCCGGUGCACAGUGGGUCUUUGGGGGUCUUUUUUUCUGCCUGACUGAAACAGGAGACAAAUGGGGGAUAAACCUUCGUCUCUGUAUAUGAUGUCAGCUGCAGCCCUCUUCUUGCUCAUCGCAUUUUCACCUGUGUCCUGUUCCCAGUUCCUGGGCUCUUCCUGUAUGUGAGUGGACUAGCACCGUGACUGUGUGUUUGGAGAGAUAGACGCAACAAAGGGUCUGCGGAAAGACCUGCAUAUUCCUGUCAACAAGCUCAGUUAUUAUUGAGCCUGCAAGUGCCAGUACUGACAAUAUUUCCAAGCUGGUGUUGGAGACAAACAUGUGACUGUUUUUUCAUUGAGGAGACCUCAGCUGCAUGCUGUCCUCGCAGCCACAAACACCUGACUAUGACCUCAAGCGUUCCUACUCUGUCUGACUUUAUCUACUGUUUUCUGGGAUUUAUUUUUCCCAGGAAAACUUGCUGUUGAAUUUAUAAAAGUUCUGUUUGUUAGUUUUUUUUUCUAACUUAUUUGCAAACUAUCAUUUGAGGUUUCAUUUUUAAGGGUUUAAAACGAAAGGCUUUCCAGUGAAAAGUCUAAUUUGUUGGAAACAAUAGAUGCUCUGAAGUGAACCAGAUCACAUCUUUCAACUCCAGUGUACAAAAAGUGACAUUUAAGCACUGUGAGAAUAUUUGUGUGACUGUAACAAAAAGACGUCCCUGUUAAGUUGUAAUUCGUUACUUUACUGUAAAGGUUUUUGUCCUUGAAAAAUAUCCUCAUCAAAUCUUUUUCUAAUCUUUCUCCGCUAUCAUAACCAGCCAUCACUUGCCAGUACUGUUGAUUGGCCGUGUCAUUACACUCAAUGCAGUUUGGAUUUCAUUGCAUAACCUCAGACGAAACAUUUUAACCUGUUUAGUUGUUUGUUGGUCCUCUGGAUCAGAAAAGGGUUCAGUGCUGCUCAGAGACCGUCACUCCUGCAAACCUUCCACACACGAAGGAGCUUCUCUUCCUGCCAGCCCACUGUGCUGUAUGUUGUUCCUCAAGCAUCCCAUUGUUUAAAGAAAGUGAAACUAUUUAUGUAUCUAUUUAUUAUUUUAUUUAUUUGUUGUUUCUAUGUGCAUAUGUUGCUGUAUUUGUGCAGUUAAACAUGGGACAGGUUGACUUAAUGACUCCAAAGUUAUUGUUAUUUCACGCUUGGGUUUAAAACUAGCCGAGACAGGUUUAACACGAGUCCCUCUAACCUGGAGAUUAAAAUGUUAAUCCUCAUCUGGAGAGCUGACAGUACUGUUGAGAGAGUCAAAGGUCAUCGAACAACAGGAGCUUGAUUUUGUAGGAUUCAUUUCGCAAGAGUUAAUCUUGUUUUUAGAGGCGGGCUUAUUCUCAACUGAGGAUAUAAAGUGUAAAGAUUACGGUGACUCCUUAUGGAGCUACACCCUUUCACAUUUUUAAUGCUUAAACCUAAAUGCUGUAAAUUUAGGCUAUAAUCUGUGAAUUCUUUAAAGUAAAACAGCACAGGUCUUGUCAGGAUUUGCAUUUUAGUAUUGGCUCUCCUGGGUAGAUCUCCCUGAUGUAGCUGUGCUGCAUCAGCUAUUUAUCCAAUAUUGAAAUCAAAGUCAAUUGAAGAUUUAUUGUAAAUACCAGAUGCCGAACUUUCAAUAGAUUAAAUGCAAAACUGCUGCCGUUAAAACACAGAUAAUCCUGUAUUUUAAUGGAUUCUUGUACAUAUAGUUUGAAAAUUUGCCUGCAGACUCCUGAUGCCAGACAACAGACAGGAAACUGAAAAAUCAUUACACCAAACUGUUAACAUGCAACAGUUAAAGGACAUAUGUGUGAAUAAACAGGGAUUUCAGUAUAUUUUACAUGGACAGGUAGUACACCCCGCAUAAAAUCAGCAUUUAAACUCAGGCUUUGUUGAUCCCAGUCAACAUGCUUGCAAUUCAGUCACACCUGGUGUUUGUGUUCAUUUUGGUAGUUCAGUUGUGGGAGCCUAUAAUUGAUGCAAAGUCCUGUAUUUAAAACAGAAACAGGAAACAAAGGCGACUGGAGAAGCAGAUUUACAUCUACUGAACAGCAAACAUGUAUUUAUUUUUGUUUAGCUGAAACAUCUUCAAGGCCAGGCGUGCUCACUGCAACUUCAACAGCUUAAAAUGUCUACAACAAUGUCUGACAAAACUCCUGAAGAAGGAGCUUUUCUGUAGUUCCUCUGCAGGGGUGCUAUCAGGUGCAUUUUUUGGAAUAUUGCAUUUAUUGAGUGCAUCUUAAGAGUCAACAAAUGUCAGGUUUAACAUUUCCCUUCUCUGCAUUUUUUUGGAAGAUUUGUGAAUGUUUUUUAUGGCCUUUGUUGAACAACCACUGUUGUACAAUUUGACUUAUUGUGAGGUUGGAUCAUAUCUUUCAUGAUAUCAUCACCUGCAUGAGAGUAAGGGGGAUUUUAUGUGUAGAAUACCUGAGAACUUUGCUUUUCUCUGGGUAGAUUGUACUGCCAAGCAUUGUUCCACCAUUUUCCAAAGAAGAGAAGACUCAAAUUUCCCUUUCAAUUCAUCAGCCAAGAAGUGUCACAGUCACAAACUUGAGGAAGUCUUAUAUAAAGCUCUUGUUCAUACAGAGUAUUCCCUCGAAUUUCUCCAAACAUGUUACCAAGCAUUUCCCCCUGACCUGCUGUUGAACCACAUGACAUCAUUUAAAAACCUUUGGGAAACACUCCAAUCUGAUUGUCCUUUCAGCUGCUGUAUGUAAGAACAGAUAAGAUUAAAAAAAAAAAAACAUGUUACAAUGAAAGGUCUGCAACACAAGCAGGUGUCACGGAAGCUGGCUGGCUGCAUUUCAAAGCAGAGGAGGUUAUCAGUGAAAGCAGCGUCACGUCUGCAGCUUCUUUGAACUGCAGUCACAGGUCCAGAAACAGAGACAGAAUUGCACAUGUGUGUAACCUACCUCAGAUUAGCCGGGUCAAAUAUUGAGAUUGUUUUUGAAUUGUAUUCCAUGUUCACACACUGGUAUUGAAUGAGUUAAGACACAAAAUUGCAGCAAAGCCUAACCAUUUAUUGUUGUUACUGUUGUUAUUUUGAGCCACAGUGACGCUGGCUUUCAGAUAUAUGGAAGAAAACAGUGACAAGGUAGAAUCAGAGCACAGAGAUGGACACUAACAGACCAAUAUAUGGCAACCAAAAAGAACUUUCUUUAAAGCCAGACUGACAGUAAACCGUAACCCUUCACAUGCUGAGAAAAAAACUCACAAACCCUGACCCCCCCUGUUUGUGUUACAGGAGCUGUAAUGCAUUUCACACCUGCAGGGUGCUCAUGGAAACACUUUAACUGCUCAUUUAAACAUGUGAUGCAUGCCUGGGCAUCUCUCAAAUACGUUCUGGUGGGUUGAACCUCAUGCAUCUUUGUUUCCUGUCCAAUGCUGUUAGAAUUUUUUUUUUUUAUUACUUUAAGUACUUACCCGUUCAUCCACCUACAUGCUGCUACAUGGAUAAUGGAGGUGAGCAGGUGUGAGAUGUCAAAUUAGCAUCUACAGCUGAGUUAUUUCCACUCGGGGAAAUAACUCAGCUGUAUAAUUGUGUGGUUUCCUCCUUCUUUUAAUGUGUUUGUACCAGCACCUCACCAGAGGGAGUUGGUUUUCCUUAUUUUUGUAGUGAUGUGGGCUGAGUCACUCAAAAUAACUAUUUCUCCUGUUUUUUCUUUGUAUGCAGUUUUUCUGUGCCCUCAUUUAUCAACACAAGGAUGCCUUAUGUUACCUGAAAACCCAACUGUACGGUACCUCGCCCUUUCAUUUAUUCAUAUAUGUUUUUGUUUUUUUUACUGUUAAACAAGUGCCAAAUCCUGAAGGCUUAUGUCAUCACAGCUGUCUGUGUUUGAACAAAAGCACCACUAUGACCACUAUGACCACUGUCAGCACUGUGGACUGUUAACUCACUGAUCAUGUAGCAGGUAAAAAUUCUACUCGAGCACUGCCUGUGCUGUUCUCAAAAGUGUACACUGUGCCCCUGAGGUGUCACAUUUUUAUACCCAUAAGUGACCAUCAUGCAGGGACAAAGCAAUUACCUUGUGCAUUCAAAAUGAUAGGUCAUUGGAGAAGUUGUUGUGUAAGCUGUCUUGCCAUUUUUGAUGAACUCGUUUUAAACAUUCACUUCUGGCUCCAGCUUCUGUUGUUAUCAUCCCGAUGAUAGAGCCACGUUUGCAGAUGAAAAAAGCUCCAGAAAGAGCUUCAUGAUGACAGGAAGAAAUAUUUUAGAGUCAUAAUCUGUCUUGUAAAAAUGCUAAACUGCAUUUAUUCAACAGUAAAUCUAUCAAAACAAAAGUGUUAAGUCCUCAUGAGUAGCAUCAAGAAAAACAGAUUCAACUUUGAGUAUUUAAGUAAAGCUAAAUCAACAGAAUAAAGGCAGCUCUUGGCUCUGCCCAGCACAGAUCACUGAUAUUACACAACAGUAACCACAUCAUCAAAAUACUGGUGAAUAAAUUGAUAAAUUGAUGGCAAGUAGAAUAAUCAAAAGUUAGUAACUUAUGUGCUAACACUUAAAACUAUCACCCAAGAGGGCUUGGCAGUUGUCAGACUGCUGAAUUUUAAUCUAUAAUUUUGUUUUACAUGAAUUAUGUUUGAAUGAAGAGUUCACAGUAUUUGGUCUUCAAGCAUUAGACAUGUGCUGAUAUCUGCAGAAACACAGUUUUAAAGUGGCUGUAAUAACUCUUCUUGUUCGUACAAAAAAAUCCAAGUUCAGACAAAGCUGACACGAAGCCCCUGCAGUUUUAGUGAAGUGAUUAAUGUGUUCAUGUACUGUCUGUUUAAUCUGAGAUGUACUCACUGAGUUCCCACAGUGCUGCCUGGCAGAGAGGAUAAUUAAGACAGAGAGGAAGUCAAAGGCUGAUUCUUUGGAAAAUCCACACUGGAUUUUGUCAACAGCUAAAGUAUUCGUACAUAGAGUGCGGACAGUUAAUAUCUUGUAUUUGAAUGCAAUUAAAAAGGUCCUUCAAGAGCUGUUUGGACAAGGAAAUAGUCAUAGCUAUUCCUCAUGUGAGUUUUACAAAGUUUGAAACAGUUGAUCAAAGUUAAAAUGGUUGUUUAAUAUUAUAAAAAAUGUUUGUAAUAUCAGCUGUGGACGGAUGUUUUACAUCAGAUCCACAGUUUCCACAUUAUUUGGUUUAACCGUUUGUCCAGAUCAGACUCACAAGAAUGUUUUUGUCUUUUAAGGCCAGGGUGCAAGUUUUAAUGUUUUGAGGAAAAUACAACAAACAUAAUUUCAUUUGUGAUGAUUUAAGUUGAUACUCCCUUUACAGCAUCCACAGCAAUACUUUAUGAUCAGUCAACAAUGACUGCAACCAAGAGAGGUCAUAGUGUAACACUGUUCUUUGCAGAUUCAGUAGAAAUCUUGAUCUAUAUUUUGCUAUAUGUCUGUGAUAAAUCCACUGAAGGUGUUUCCUACAUUAUUGCAUCAAUAAUACCUGUUUCUAACUCAUUUUUAUGAUUUAAAGCAAUUCAUCCCACUCAAAGGGAAACAGUUAACAGUGAGUCAUGUCUGAAUCCUACACUGCCAAGAACAUUCAAACUCGUGUAAAUAUGCUUUUUUUUUUGUAUUUUACAACCUGCAAAAUGCAUGCAAGAAUACUGAACAGCUGUGGCUGAAGCUCUGUACAUAUCAUCUGUAUAUAUGCCAGGGGUUUCUUAAAAAACAUCCAAACAUGGACAAUGUAAAAUAAAGUCAAAUUGUUUGCAUCUCAGUCUGACUUGUCCCUACAUGCAUCUCCAGGUGUGGUUAGGCAGCGAUAAACAGUCUGCAUACAAGAGCUCAUUUUAUGGAGAACUGUGACAACCCCUAACUGUUUCCUAAGAAGUCUUUUGAGUUAAUAGACAAGACCAAACAGCGUUUGGCAGUUUUGUACAACUUCCAAUUUAAUCAUUUGGGCAGUUCAAUAAAAAAGAAACAACCACAACUCACUUUUGAAGUAAAAGUACAAAUUAGGUCAACUGUUGUUUAUAACGUGGUUCUUUAUCUUUUUACAACCUUGUGUCCUAAAACACAUGCAGGGUCAGACACUAUGAAGGUAUUUUUUGGUGCAAAAGGUUUGUGCAUCUG